CUUAAUUCUCGCAUUUCGCUUUAAAUACAGAAAAACUCAAAUCCUCUAACUUUUCUCUGUAGAUUCCUCUCUCUGGAUUCAUUUGCUUCUCGCUGAUCAAAGAUUAUUAGGUAACCUGGUAUGGGAGUUGUGACUGUUUCUAGCUCAGCUGCGAGAACUCCAGUGGGAUUGAAUACAAACUUUUCCUGUAAUCGUCUGAAGAGACCUUUAAUUAUAGCAUUUAAAGGGGAUAAACAAAAUGACUCAGCUUUGAUUGCCACUCAAGAGAAAAUCCCUGUGCCCAUUGCGACCACCAAGACGCAGAAGAAAAAGAUAGGGAAAGCUAACAAACUACCUAAGAGAGAAAGAGUUGCCUUUGCGGAGGAAAAUUCUCCUUCUUCCUUGGAUGUGGACUAUAAUGAAGCUGCUGCUAUGCUUGAAAAUAUUUACAAACUCAGCCCUGCUUUUGAUGCUGAUAAUGCAGAAUGUAUAGAUGGUAAAAUCAAAAGGGUCUCCCGGAGAAGGAAGAAGAUUGUUGACGAUUGUGAAGAAAAGGAUGUAAACGACGAUAGGGUGGUCAGAAACCAGAACAAGAAAGCUAAACGGUUGAGUCUUCAUGAGCGGAUUUCAUUAAAGAGGAACUCAGACGGGGAUGAAGUCGUUCCCACUCGACAUAAAAGAAGGAAUAGGAUUGAGAAGAUUGAAGAACUUAUUCGGGAAUAUUCCGCAUCAACUGAUUUUGUCGGUAUGGAUUGGAGAAGAAUGAAAAUACCUCCCGUUCUUUCUUCUUCAGAGCAUGCUUGGCUUUUCAAAUUGAUGCAACCUAUGAAGACUAUACUUCAAGUGAAAGAAGGUUUACAGAAGGAGCUAGAAAGAGAACCUGCUGAUAGUGAAGUAGCCGACGCAACGAACAUGAACAUUACUCAUGUAAAGAAAGCAUUGGAGGUUGGUCAAGCUGCAAGAAACAAACUCAUAAAGCACAAUCUCCGGCUUGUCUUGUUCGUCAUCAACAAAUAUUUUUCAGAUUUUGCAAUUGGCUCUAGGUUUCAAGAUCUUUGUCAGGCAGGAGUUAAGGGACUUAUGACAGCAAUUGAUCGCUUUGAACCGAACAGAAGAUUUCGGCUGUCAACAUAUAGCUUAUUUUGGAUUAGACAUGCUAUCACUCGUUCAAUGACCCUCUCAAGCUUCACACGUGUUCCGUUUGGACUUGAAUCGGUUCGAGCAGAAAUCCAAAAAGCUAAAACUGAGUUAACAAUUGAGCUUCAGAGGUCACCAACAGAGGAAGAAAUAAUAGAAAGAGCUAAAAUAUCUCCGGAAAGAUACUAUGACGUAAUGAAGGCAUCAAAAUCCAUUCUUUCGCUGAACUCGAGGCAUAUAACUACACAAGAGGAGUUCAUUAACGGGGUCGUUGAUAAUGAUGGUGUUAAUGGUGAUAAUAGUAAGCAACCUGCUCUACUAAGACUUGCUCUUGAUGAUGUGCUUGAUUCCCUGAAGCCGAAGGAGAGCUUAGUUAUCAGACAGAGAUUUGGACUUGAUGGGAAGGGUGACAGAACAUUGGGAGAAAUUGCUAGGAACUUGAAUAUAUCAAGGGAAAUGGUUAGAAAGCACGAAAUGAAGGCUCUUAUGAAGCUCAAGCAUUCAGCUCGUUUGGAUUAUCUUCGUCGUUAUGUUGUAUAAAUCACUGAUGUAUAGAAACACCUAACCUAUAGUUAUACAAUAUAUAUAUAUAUAUAU